AUGGAAACAACACGUGCACCUAUGCACUGGUGGACAACGACAGAAAAAUCUAUUUUAGUAACGACGCUUGGGAUAAUUAUUGUUUUUGGAGUGUGUGGAAAUUUACUUGUCAUAAUCGCAAUUCUCCGAUUCAAACGUCUUCGGCGAGCAGUGAACAGCUAUUUGAUCUUAAAUCUAGCGGUGAGCGACUUCCUCACAGCUUCCAUACUGAUGCCAUUUCACUUGGCUACCGUCUUGGAUCUCAACAUUAUUGUGGACAAUGGAUUUCUCUGCAAAAUUGGCGGAAUAUUAUCGUAUCCGUUCUACAUCUGCUCAACUAUAACACUUGUCAUGUUAGCGAUUGAGAGACAUAUUGCGGUAAGCGACCCUUUAAGAUACAUAAGUCGCGUGACAACUAGAACAAUCGCCAUUAUGAUUGUGUAUUGUUGGACUCAAGGAGUCAUUUUCGUUGUGCUGGUUUCGUCUAUGGCUAAUAUUGAGUUUUCUACUCAAAGUUUAGACUGCGGAGUCGCGUGGGCGGGAACUCCAUUAUGGCUCAGUAUUUUGGCUUUGCUACUAAACAUUGUACUACCAUUUUUCCUACUGCUUAUCAUGAGCCUGCGGGUUCUAAUCGUAGCAAUACGGCAGAAAAAGAGGAUAGACACUGAAAGAUUUAGAAUUGAUCGAACACAAAGGAAAAAAAGCGUUUUCUCAGGCAAGUAUUGAUCUAAUUAUUGCUAUCGUAUUCGUUAAUGAGCUCAUAUUCUAAUAAUUUUCCUGAGGCAUGUUUUUGGGCUCUUUUUGUGCACUAUUUCUCCGUUUUGUUUUGUCUUCAAUUAGUCAGCAAUCGCCGCCGUCGAUUGGCCGGAGAACUACCGGCCAAUCUACGAACAUUAACUACGAAUUUUUAUCUACGAACUACGAACAAUCUAAAAUCUUUUAUCUAAGAACUACGUACAAUCUAUUUCUCCUAAUAUCACCACUGGAUCAAAUAUUGUGGUCACGAGAAUAAAGUAAAUGAUCACCAACUGAAGAAGCUCUUGAUUGUUGAACAGAUUCUCCUUAUCAGCACUCCAGGAAAUGUACUAUAGAUAACAGUAUGGAGGAUAUGCAUACUGAUAUAAAGCGUUAACGAGAGCAAACAAACGAACAAACAAAGUAAAAAAUGAUCGAGGUGAACAAAAUAUUGGUCCAGCAUAGGAACUAAUAGAUUGUAAUUUCAGAAUUGUCGGGAUGCUGUUAUUGUGAGAUUAAAGAUGAUGAUACUCUGUUGAAUGUUAAGGAAGUCAGUUUGAUAGUUUGUUGCGCGCGUAGUGUUUCAGUUUUAUCGUCAAAAGAGGGUCUCAAGCGGGAGUUUGCUUUUAAGGAUAAAGGUUAAAUUUUGGAUAUAUUGCCGCUAACAGUUAAUUUCUUUCCGUUUCGUACCCAGGCAAAACGUUUACGUGGCUUAACAUUUUUUUAAACGAAAAACGGUUAAAAUUGUCAGUUUUUUCGCCUAACGGCCUUGAAUUUUUUUGCCUAUUCUACGACUAACGGUUUACCCCAUCGAGACCCUCCAGAAAGUAAAGAACAAAGACGACAAAGAUUAUGCUGGAUAACAUCUUAUAGGCGUAUUAUUUGUAUCUUCUUGCAGGACUUGAAGGCAAAGCCACAGUUGCUGUGUUGGUGGUUAUCUUUGUCUUUCUCAUUUUAUGGAUUCCAUUUCUAAUCACUCGAGGAUUUAUGGCGUUCACUCAGCUCUACAUCUCACCGAUAGUGACUACUUCAGUUGUGUGGCUGCUUCAUUUAAAUUCUGUCGUAAAUGUCUUCAUUUACACGGUGCGUAGGUCAGAUUACAGGCAUGCGUUUGUGUCAAUCAUCCGCUGUACAUCUUUAUCACGGUCUGCUGAUAUCGAGCGCACCAUAACCACCAUGCAUGAAGCCGGCUCGAGGGAAAAGAACAUGAACCACAGCUCAGGGACGAUACAGCUUAACUGCACGGUCAUAACGAUACCUGACGUCACUUGA